AUGAAGUCCACGACCACGCUCUCUGUCGCCGCGGCGCUCCUCUCUGGCUCCGCUGAGGCUUUCUGGCGCAUGCCCUGCCACUCCAGGACUGCCUUCCUGCGUCUUGACCCCAUCGUUGAUCCAGGAAUUGCUUCCUCCCACGGCCACGUCAUCCAUGGCGGUAGCAACUUUGGCGAAUCCACCACAUACGAGGAUCUCCGAGCUUCCAACUGCUCCUCCUGCCAGUUCUCUGACGACAAGUCUGCCUACUGGACGCCUUCCCUGCACUUCGCCCAUACCAAUGGCAAGACCGAAGUCGUUCCCCAGAUCGGUGGCAUGCUCGCCUAUUACCUCCUCCUAGGCGACGACAUCCAGCCCUUCCCGGAGGGUUUUGAAGUCCUCGCCGGCGACUCUCGUCUGCGCAACUUCAGCGGCCCCGUCCCUGACCCGCCAACCUCAGCCUGGGAUGCCGAAGACAUGAGCCAGCUGUCUCUUGGCCAGAAGUCGCUUGGCUUCAACUGUCUCAACUACGACCGUGCCCCCGAGGGCUCGCGCUACCGCCACUUCAUGCCUGACAAGGACUACCUGGACGCCAACUGCGCCAAUGGCAUCCGCGCCGAGAUCUUCUUCCCCUCGUGCUGGAACGGAAAGGAUGUCAAGUCCGACGACCACAAGUCCCACGUCGCAUAUCCCAACCUGAUCGACGGCGGCAAGUGCCCUGAGGGCUACGAGACACGUCUCCCAUCGCUCUUCUACGAGACCAUCUGGAACACGUACGCUUUCAAGGGCAAGGACGGCCAGUUCGUUUGGUCCAACGGCGACCCCACUGGCUACGGAUACCACGCUGACUUCAUCAACGGAUGGAACACCGACACCCUCCGCUCUGCAGUGAACGACUGCACAAACCCCUCUGGUCGCGUAGAGGACUGCCAGCACUUCACCCCAUCUCUGCAGACCGAGGCUGAGCAGGGCGAGUGCAAGAUCGAGGACAUCCCCACCGCUCUGCUCAACGACGACUGCGGCGGUCCUUCCAACGGCCUCUGCGGCAAUGUCCCCGUCCAGUACGGUCCUGAGUACGCUACCGAGCUGCAGGCCGGCGCGACCGACAAGCCCACCGGCGGUGUCUCCAUCACCUCCGUUGCGCCCGUCCCCACGCAGAGCUACGCGCCUGCCCGCUCCAAGAUCACCGACAAGUGGGGCGGCGGCAUCAGCGUGUACAACGUCAAGACCACCGCUGUCCCUGGACCCCAAAACACCGACAGCCUCGUCGUCGCCGCGCCCAGCAAACCCGCCUCCUCUGCGCCCACCAAACCCGCCUCCUCCGCGCCCACCAAACCUGCCUCCUCAGCGCCCGUCGCGCCCGCCGUGACGCCCAGCCCCAGCCUCACCGAUGCCGUCAAUCCCUCUGGCAACAUCAUCACCACCAAGAUCUACACCGAGGGCAACGUCGUGUACGAAAUCGCCAUCGAGGAGGUCAUCAUCUACACCACCGUCGACGCCGCGUACAGGAAGGCCCGGCGCCACGCACACGCCCACCGCCGUCGCGAGAUGCACUGA